UCCCCCAUCUACACCCAAAACCCCUUCUCUCGCUAAAAAAAAAGUUCCCUACCCCCUUUGAUUCUCUCAUUAAAAAAAAGUAAUGGCUGUUGAGAAUGUUUUGCCGGUGACCAGACCGCUGUCGUCGUCGACGGAAAAACUCCUGAAGCACCACACGGAGAAGCACUUCAUGGCGGGCGACGUCGUGAGGGACGUCAUCAUCGGCGUCUCCGAUGGGCUAACCGUGCCCUUUGCUCUCGCCGCUGGGCUUUCGGGGGCUAACGCUGCUUCGUCGCUAAUUCUCACCGCUGGCCUCGCUGAGGGCGGGGCUAUUUCGAUGGGACUCGAUGGGUAUCUAGCAGCCAAGAGUGAAGCUGACCACUACAUGCGAGAACUCAAGAGGGAGCAGGAGGAGAUCAUCCAUGUACCUGAAACUGAGGCUGCUGAGAUCGGGGAGAUCAUGUCAGAAUACGGUUUAGAGCCGCAUGAGUACGGUCCCCUUGUUGAUGCUCUCCGCAAGAACCCUCAAGCAUGGCUCGAUUUCAUGAUGAAGUUCGAACUUGGGUUAGAGAAGCCGGAUCCAAAGAGGGCACUAGAGAGCGCGUUAACAAUCGCACUUGCGUACAUUAUGGGCGGCCUUAUCCCUCUCUUGCCCUACAUGUUCAUCCCGAUAGCUCAGAGGGCGAUGCUGAUGUCAGUUGCAGUCACGCUGGUGGCACUCCUUUUCUUCGGCUAUGUCAAGGGUCAUUUCACGGGCAAUCGCCCUUUUGUGAGUGCCAUUCAGACUGCAUUCAUCGGCGCUCUUGCUUCUGCUGCGGCGUAUGCUAUAGCAAAAGUUGUGCAAGCUGUUUAAGUAUGGACUUUGUGUAAUAAUGUGCGAUUGAUUUAGGGUUUCUAUUUAGUUAUGUUUGUUAUGGUUUCUUUUAUGUUCAAGAUGUUUGAUAAUUAUUAAAGACAUUGGUAAUUUUGUGAUUGAUCA